AUGGAAAAAAAGUAUCAUCCAGAUUUGAUAGUCGAACAUAAUAACAUCGAUGUCGAAGUUGAACAGCCAUCAAUCCCUGAGUACGAACACGUGAUACCGCCUGGCGAACACAUCCCUUUCGAUGAAUUACAGCAGAUGUCCUCAGUAGCUGUCUUCAURAAGCACUCUUACAAAUACGCACCARGAAAUGAACUAGCUGAUGUUGAUGAUAAUGAAGAAUUAUAUGAAGACAUAAGUUUACCUGC